CAGGUUCCCGUGAGAAUGACGUCACCACCAGAAAUAACCAAGAUGGCGUCGUCAGGUGUUUCAGUUGUGGCUACCGACGAUGUUUUACUUCAGGACAAACGAAUGGACGACGCCCAGGGGUUCCACACGGUGAGUCUGGACGAGCACCUGCCUGACUGCCCCGCCCAUAAGAAGAAGCAGCCACGUCGUGUUCUGCACUGCAGCGACGGGAUCUACGAGGAGUACAGCACAGACGAGGAGGACGAGACAGACACACAACAGCCGGAAGUCGACCCUAAAACUCUAACCUGGGGCCCAUACCUGUGGUUUUACACCACCUUCGUUGCCAGCAGAGGACUUGCAGCUUGUGACUUCCUAGGUGAGAAGCUGGCCUGGUUUUUUGGCAUCACCAGUCCCAAGUACCAGUACGCUAUAGAUGAGUAUGAAAGGAUGCAGAGACAGGACAAAGAGGAGCAGGAGGAAGCAGAAAGGGAGGCGGAGGCUGAGAGGCAGAGAGCCAAUCAGCAGGCAGCUGAGCAGGUGAAUGACAUGGAGGGCGGAGCUACAGCUACUAAAGCUGAGCAAGUGGAGUGUUAGUCAAACUGAAGGCUUAAAAACCGA